AUGGAUGUAUCGAAAUGCUCUAGGCCUGGAGAGAUGGACCCUUCAUCUCUUUUGGGAGAGGAAUUUGAUAGAUCCCGUCAACAGGACUUCCUAUACCCACUUAUUUUUCGGGAGUAUAUUUAUGGAAUCGCUUACGGACAUGAUUUAAAUAGAUCCAUUUUCCUAAAAAAUGAAGGUUAUGACAAGAAAUCUAGUUUACUAAUUGUAAAACGUUUAAUUACUCGAAUGUAUCAACAGAAUCCUUUGAUUCUUUCUGCUAAUGAUUUUAACAAAAAUAAAUUUUUGGCGUAUAACAAGUAUUUAGAUUCUCGAGUAAUAUCAGGGGGAUUUACCGUCGUUGUGGAAAUUUCAUUUUCCCCACAAUUAAGUUCUUUUUUAGAGGAAACACAAAUAGUAAAAUCAUAUAAUAAUUUGCGAUCAAUUCAUUCAAUUUUUCCCCUUUUCGAGGAUAAAUUUACAUAUUUAAACUAUGUGUCAGAUAUACGAAUACCCUAUCCUAUCCAUCUGGAAAUAUUGGUUCAAACUCUUCGAUACUGGUUGAAAGAUACCCCUUUCUUUCAUUUAUUAAGGUUGUUUCUUUAUGAGUAUUGUAAUUGGAAUAGUAGUCUUAUUACUCCAGAAAAAUUGAUUUUUACUUUUUCAAAAAGUAAUCCAAGAUUUUUAUUGUUUAUGUAUAAUUUUUAUGUAUGGGAAUACGAAUCUAUCUUCCUUUUUCUACGUAAUAAAUCAUCUCAUUUACGAUUAAAAUCUUUUAGCGUUCUUUUUGAGCGAAGACUCAAAAUCUCGUGCUACAGAGCGUGGAGGUUCGAGUCCUCUUCAAGGCAUAAUAUUGAGAUCCGUUAUUGA